UGUUCCAGUUUGACUCUGCCGAAGAAGUAGGAGUGUCAUCAUCAGCGCUGCUUUUUUAAUGAUUGCCCCUUCUCGUCCGCUCAUUCGGACCUGAUCGGACGGCCCCGAUGGAUUAGAGAAGAGGCCACGCUGCACAUUAAUGGCGCAUGUGUGUUUGUGGCUGGUGUGCUUCCUGAGCGUCAGUGUAGGCAAAGGUGAUCAUGCCAACCCAGACCACCAACAUCACCGUUACGACACAGUUUCAGGUCUGUGUGCGAUGGAUCAGCAGCUGUGUGAGGACGAGAACGCCCUGUUGAGUUUCGAGGCCAUUUGCAGCAUCCACAAACAGAUGGACGACGACGCCGACGGCACGGUGGACGCGGCUGAGACGGACGAGUUCCUGCGGGAGGAUCUCAAGUAUCACGACCCGAAAGCCAAGCACAGCAGCUUCCACCGUGCAGACCUGCACAUUAGCGUGGGGGACAUGUGGGACGCCUGGAAGAACUCAGAAGUAUAUAACUGGACAGGCGAACAGGUAGAAGAGUGGCUGCUGCUGAGCGUGGAGCUUCCCCAAUACGCCGAAACCUUCCGGAAACACGGGCUGGACGGCAAGGCGUUACCAAGGCUGGCGGUGAAGAACACCACCCUCACCGGCUCGGUAUUGAAAAUUUUAGAGCGUAGUCACGCUCAAAAGCUGCAGCUAAAGGCUCUGGAUACUGUGCUGUUUGGACCACCGCCAGGCCGACAGAACCGGUGGAAGGACCUUGUUCUGGGCGUGUCUAUCCUCGCGGCGCUGGGCGGCUGCUGGUUUGCGUACGUCCAGACGAGGAGGUCCAGGGACGACCUGAGCAGGCUGAUGAAGGACCUGGAGGGUCUUCAGCGGGCUGAGCAGAGCCUGCUGGACAUGCAGGAGAAGCUGCAAAAGGCCCAGGAGGAUCAGCGCUGCGUUCAGGUGGAGAAGGUGAAGGUUGAGGAGGAGCUGAAGAAUGAGAUCAACACGGCCAAGCAGGAAGCCCAGCGGCUCCGGCAGCUCCGUGAGGGAACCGAGAACGAGAGGAGUCGCCAGAAGUAUGCAGAGGAGGAACUGGAGCAGGUGAGGAUGGCGCUGAAGAAGGCCGAGAGGGAGCUGGAGUCGCGAGCUCGCUGGUCGCCGCCGGACACGCUGCAGAUGUGGCUGCAGCUUACGCACGAGAUAGAAGUUCAGUACUACAACAUCAAGAAGCAGAGCGCCGAGAGGCAGCUGCUGCAAGCAAGGGAGGGGGCCGAGAAGAUCAAGAAGAAGAGAAGUUCUCUAUUUGGGACAUUCCAUGUGGCUCACAGCUCCUCGUUAGAUGACGUGGACCACAAGAUCCUCUCUGCCAAACAGGCCUUGGCUGAUGUGACAGCCGCUCUGCGAGAGAAGCUGCACCGCUGGCAGAAUAUCGAGUCCCUGACGGGUUUCUGUCUGGUCACCAACCCUGGCCUGGGUGCGCUGGCUGCCGCCCUCAAUUUGGACCCGUCCUUCCUAGGCCUGCGACCGGCGACGCCGCAGCACCUCCUCCUGUCCGAUGACCUGGACGACAUGGACGAGGACAUCCUGUCACCCGGGACGCUAAAAUAUGCAGCCUGGCAGAUGGACCGUCGAGUGAGCGACCUCUGGCCACUGAGCGGCAUCACAGACAACCAAUCGCCGUGGAAGCUCUCUGCUCAGAGUCUGACGCCCCUGCAGCAAAGGAUGGGAGACUCCGCUAUGAUGUUCAGCUCUCAGAGGGACAUUAUGGAUCGCUCCAACUCGGACUCCCCGCUCCUGCUCUCUCACAGUGAAUCAAGAAGCCCGUACGGUUCCAAGACUCUCCUCUUGCCCACUCGACUCCAGCAGACUCAGAGCCCCAGAAUCAGAGGAGGAGGAGUAGGAGUAGGAGGGCUAGAAAAGAGCUCAAGCCUCGGGGAGCUGAGGGGUACUUCCGCCGCCGUGCUCUCCUCCUCCUGCUCCACUCGCUCUCUGUGCAUCACGGCCGACACCGCCGACAGUCCCGUCCUCUUUUCGGCGGUUCAGACACCCCUUAGGUGGAGUCCUGUGGAGGACGGACGCGAAGAGGGCGACGUGUCGGGUGGCGGGCGUCGCAGAAACGCCUUUAAUAAAAUCUUCAAAAAGAAGAAAUGACAUCGCUGAAGAAAGACUUCAGAAACUCUCACUCUCUAAUAACCAGUGACAAAACAAUACCAUCUAAAAAAAAAAAAAACACACACACACACACAACACCAAAAAAAAAAACAAAUAUCAUCAACACAAUUGCUUUUCUUGAAAAGGGGGACAUGUUCUGUUUAGUCCGCCAGGUAAAAAGACCAGUGAGAUAAAUCAUUCAGCUCAAGUUUUCACAAUUUAGUGCUGACACUUGAAGGCAGCAUGCAGAGUUACACGCAGGCACGUGCACACACACACACACACACAUAUUAAUUCAUAAAUCAGGUUGUGUGUUAAAGUGUCAUGUCCGAGGCAGGAUGUUAAGUCAACUGUAUUUACUCUGAACAAAGUGAAAAGUAUAUUUAUGUAAAGAAAACAGCUUGUCAAAAAUAUUCAUUCCUCACAUGUCCAGUUUUUGUAGAAGUUCCAAAAAUAGAAUAUUAUUUUAAAUGUAUUAAUAAAUAACUGCAAUAACGGUGA